AUGGUGUUUGUCAUAAAAAUUUCAGGGUUGGGAUGUGGCAGUGUCUGUAGAACAUCUUCAAAUAAAUCCAUUAAGCAUCUAUGUCGCGUCCACCUCUCUACUCUUUCUAUCUCCUUUUUUGCUUCUUCUCCCUUCUCUCCGGGAUCCCUUCAAAUUCUCAUGAAACUAAAAUCCACCCUUCUUCAAACAUCAAACACCAGUGCCUUCGAUUCUAGGGAAUCCAGCAAUUCCAUGUGCAAUUUCACUGGAAUCACCUGCAAUUCACAGGGUUCCAUUACAAAAAUCAAACUUUCACACCAAAAUUUAACAGGGGUUCUUCCUCUUGAUUUCAUAUGCCAGCUCCAAUCAUUGGAAAAGCUCUCACUGGGGUUCAACAACUUGAACGGUCCAAUUAUGGAGGACUUGAAAAACUGUGUCAAACUGCAGUACUUGAAUUUGAGCAACAAUUUGUUCACAGGGUGGUCGGUUCCUGCAGAGAUAUCUUCUCUAAGCCAAUUGCAGUAUCUGUAUUUGGAAGGAAGCGGAUUGUCCCAGACUUUCCCAUGGAAAUCACUUCAAAACAUGACUGGUCUUGUUCAGCUAUACCUCGGCAAUAAUCCUUUUAAUCCUUUUCCAUUUCCAAAAGAGGUGUUACAGCUUACCAACCUGACUUGGCUUGACCUAUGCAACUGCAGCAUCCACGGAACAAUUCCAGCAGAGAUUGGAAACCUUAAGGAGCUAAUCUACUUGGGGCUUUGGGGCAAUAACAUGACAGGGAAAAUUCCGGUUGAGAUUGGGAACCUAGUCAACCUCAGGAAGCUUAGCCUCUCCCACAACUCAUUCAUAGGAAAACUUCCUGUCGGUUUAAGAAAUCUCACAAAGCUUGAGGUGUUUCAUUUUUCAAUGAACAAUCUUGAAGGCAAUCUGUCUGAGUUGAGGUUCUUGAAUAACUUGGUUUCUCUACGACUAUGUGAAAAUGAGCUUUCUGGCCAAGUGCCCGCCGAGUUUGGUGAGUUCAAGAAGCUUGUGAUCCUUUCUUUAUGUUAUAACAGCUUCACAGGUCCCCUGCCUCAGAACCUUGGCUCCUCAGCAAAAUUAUAUAUUGUUAACUUGUCCAUGAAUUUCUUUACCGGCCAAAUUCCGCAAUAUAUGUGCAAGCAAGGUACAUUGAGUGUGCUUUACAUGUACGGCAACAAUCUCACCGGUGAAAUUCCAGCCAGUUACGCCAACUGUUCCACUCUACUCGAUUUCAGGGUCAACAAUAAUUCCCUUUCGGGAACCAUUCCAACUGGAAUUUGGGGAUUACCACAUUUGCUUAAUAUUGAUAUCAAGUGGAAAAGUAUCGAAGACCCAAUUACAUCUGAUAUCAAAAACGCCAAGUCUCUCUCUACGUUAUAUGCGGGACACAACUGCUUAUCUGGUGAAUUACCCGCAGAGAUUUCAAAAGCCACAUCACUGAAGUUUAUUCAACUGAGUGAUAAUCAGCUUUCGGGCACUCUUCCCAAUUUAGUAAUUAAACUAAAGAGAAUCUUAACCAUCUUCACAACAAUUGAUUUAUCAAGUAACAAAUUUGAAGGUGAGAUUCCCGAAGUACUAGGAAAGCUUACAGUUCUUCGAUUGCUUAACCUUUCCCAUAAUAGCCUAACCAGCCAUAUCCCAUCAUCAUUGGCAAAUUUAUCAGGACUUGAAUCCUUGGACCUUUCUUCAAAUAGGCUCACUGGACAAAUACCUAUCCAAUUGACAAGUCUAACAUUUUUGGCCAUGUUAAACCUUUCACAAAACCAGCUUACUGGACCCAUACCUCAAGGCAAGCAAUUUGAUACAUUUGAGAACAACUCAUACGAUGGGAACUUGGGAUUGUGUGGAUUUCCAUUGUCAGUGAACUGUAGCACUAAUGAGCUGCUAUCACCACCACUGCCUUCAAUAUUGCAAGAACAUAAUGAUUCUAUAUUUGGUAGUGGAUUUGGUUGGAAGGUCGUGUUAAUGGGCUAUGGAUGUGGAUUGUUGUUUGGAUUAGCUAUGGGAUGUGUUGUGUUUAACUUUAAAAGAGGAAAUCCUAAAUGGCUUCUAAGGUUUGUUAAGGAGAACAAGACGCAAAGAUGA